AUGGUAUCAGAGCACAAGGGGAAACAAUCUACAAAAGAUUUACCAGUCUACGAUCCGUUCGAUUACGAUAACGACGAUCUUCUAGACGAACCGAAAGAAGAUCUAAGCCCUAAUUCUAAGGUACACCACUUAACUAUUAAAGAAUCUGAUUCAAGAAUUCAUCAAGACUCAAGUGUCGACGAACAACUAGUGGAGGAUCAAAACCCUAACACAACUGUAGAAGAAAUUGUUCAAGAUCCAUCUCCUCUACACUUUCAAAUGGCAGAAAAAAAGCGUGAUCGUACUGAUCCUCUAUAUCUACAUGGUGGAGAAUCCUCUUCAACCGUUCUUACAUCGACUGUUCUUACAAGGCUCAACUAUUUUGAGUGGAGCACGAGCGUUCAAUUAGGACUUCUGGCCAAGAUGAAGACAGGUUUUAUAGAUGGUUCUUGUAAGAUGCCGAGUGAUAACAAAGAAGCUAUACUUUGGAGGAUGGUCGACGCAACUGUAAGAACUUGGAUUAUGAAUACUAUUGAUAAGAAGAAUAAAGUCCAUUUUCAGAGCACUCUUACAUCACAACAACUAUGGGACGAAAUCAAAGCACGCUAUGAAGGAAACAAUGGGCCAACACAGUAUCAAUUGAGGAAGAACAUCUACACAAUUCAACAAGAAACUGCACUUGUGAUAGAAGUAACAUACAUACAUGUGUUGGAUGUAAACUAG